AUGCCCGGUGGACGAACUCCGAAAAUCGAGGCGUUGGUCGUGAACGCUAUACGCAGGCUGCAGGAUAUACAGGGGUCGUCGUCGCGGGAAAUUAGUAACUAUAUUUCCCAGGAGUACGACGUGCCGGUAAAGGACAUUAGGCGGCAGGUCCAGCUUGUUUUACAACGCGGCUUAUCCUACGGGAUCCUCCAACAGACGAAGGGAGGAUAUUACACGUGCAAUCGCGACCACCUCGCGCAGAUACCGGUGGAGGAUGAAGCGGGCGACGGGGUGACGGAACCUUGCCCGCACGGAGACGUCGGUCCCGAAGACGUCGCAGGGGAGGACAACGUGGAGGAGGCGGAAGAACAACGCGAAGAAGGGCCGCAACGAGCGUCGGACCCAAUAAGACCGGAAGCGUUUCGCAAGUGGGAACGGAACAACGGCGAAACGACGCUUCCGGAAAUGAGGGCGAUUGAAAAAGCGUGGAACCUCCGUACCCGCGACGUACGCGAAACUCCCCUCGAAAUUUUCAGUCCGCCGAUAAGCCCGCUGCUGGACUGCCCGGUGUGA